CAAUCCUGCUCUUCGGGCCCCUUCCCGGGCUCGUCCCUUUCGUUUCCCCGCUUUGCUUUGCUUUGCUUUCUCUUUCUGGAUGUCAUUUCCGGGGAACCGCAAAACAUUAAUCCGGGAAGGAGGAAGAAGCCGGAGCAGCAAGAGGAAGAACUGGGGAAUCUGGAGUCGGGCGUAGAGGACCUGGCUGGAUGAGUGGAGCCCAGCGGGGCUGGAGCUGUGACAUGGUGCAGCCAGGCGAGUGCCCAGCCAGUGACUGUGGCAUAAUGGGGGAUGAUUCCUCUCUGGGCAAAGCUGCUACCCUUCAUCUACCAGCUGAGCUGGCAGGACAUGAGGCUGUGCAGCACUUCCUGGCUGAGAAUCGAGACCUCAAAGAAGCCAUACGGCAGAGUAACCACAUGCUACGGGAACGCUAUCAGGAGUUCCUGCAAUUCCAGGUUUCCCACAAAGAGGAGAAGGAGUUCCUCAUGCACAAGUUCCAGGAAGCUCGACUUGUGGUGGAAAAUUUGAACUCGGAACGCACUGGGCUGAAAAAGCAGCUGAAGCAGGCUGUCCAGGAACUGGAGCAACUGAAGAUGAAACUGUCAGCUUCCCAGCCGUUUUCCUUCCAGCCGGAGAAGUCUGAAGCACAAGAGGAGCCAGACACAGUGACCUUAACUCAAGACGUAGAUGUGCUUGCUGUGGUUCCAGAGAUGCCACAGCAAAAAAGGGGACUCUUUGAGAAGGAUUUGAAGGAGCUUCAGGAAGCCAACGAGGCUUUGCAGAAAGAGAAGCUGGCCUUGCAAGCAGAGGUCAGAGCACUGAAACAAGCAGCCAAGUCUACAUUGCUUGUAGAAGAACCUGAAGUAAAGACGGAAGCAAAUGAGAAUGGACUUCUUCCAGUAGACCAUCCCUUGGAGUUGGAUUCCACACAGAGGUCAGGAGACAGAAAGAGUCCUGGUGCGGACAAGGCUGAGCAGCUAUUCAAGAAGUUGAAGGAGGCAGAAGAUGAGAGUUCAGCCCUUCGUCAGCAGCUGGUGUUAGCCAAAGAGGAGCUGGCCUACACGGCAGCACGGGAGCAGGAGACCCAACAGCAGCUGCAAACACUUGGCAAGCAGUUGGAGCAAGUUGGAGAUGACAGGGCCACAGUAAAGGCUCAGGUGACUUCCCUUCUGGCGGAGCUGGCGGAGAGUCAAAAGCGCCUGGAUACGUCCAUAAAGGAAAAGGAAGGGCUGGAGGAGAAGGUCCGUAGCGCCGGCGAACGACUCCAGCAGCUUGAAAGGGAGGCUGAAGCCCGCACCAAGCAACACAGCGUACAAGUUGAUCAGUUGCGGUUGCAGGUUCAUAACCUAGAAACGGCCCUGCGUGUGGAGCGGCAGAGCGCCACAGAGGAAAAGAGAAAACUAGCACAGCUGCAAGUGGCUUAUCACCAGCUCUUCCAGGAAUAUGAUGCCCAUAUCAAAACCAGCAUGGAAAAUGAGAAGCGGAGCAAGGGCCUGGACCUGCAGGCUGCUGAACUGUCUCAGCAAUUACAGCAGGCUGAGGAGGCUUUGGUGGCCAAGCAGGAGUUUAUUGACAAGCUGAAAGAGGAGGCUGAACAGCACAAAGCUAUCAUGGAGACUGUGCCCGUUCUCAGGGCACAGGCUGAAAUCUACAAGACAGACUUCUUGGCAGAGCGUCAGGCUCGUGAAAAGCUCCAUGAACAGCGAGAGGCCCUGCUAGAGCAACUUGCACAACUGCAAAGAGAUAAUGAGAAGCUGAAGGCAGACUCUGAGGGUGCCAGUCGGGCUCUGAUGGAAGAAAUGAGGAAUCGCCAUUCAGAAAUGCGUCCUGCUCCUCAGCCAGCAGCUUUCCUGAUGGGUGCCAAUACAUUCCAUCCCCCGAUGAUUACAGGGCACAGGCAAAGCAUUGCUGAUGAACAGCCUCACUUCAGUUGCCCCAAGUGCCAGUACAGAGCUCCAGACAUGGACACGCUACAGAUCCAUGUGAUGGACUGCAUCCAGUGACACUGAUGAAGGAAGGAGGGAGGGUUCCAGUUUGUGAUGUGCUUCUGCUGCAUUGCCUUAAACAUGACCAGUGGUUCAGAUGUUGACAAGAGAGAGAGAAAGAGGACCCUGGCACAAGGAUCAGGGACUGUUUAACCCCGCCCCCCAUGUAUGUUAUUAAUUUUCCUCCUAUGAGAAUGGUUGAGCCUUUUGCUGUCCUUCUUCAGGGUCUGGCUACCCUAGCCAUGGGAAAAGGGGAUUUGCACUAUUUGGGGUUUGUGUGAAAGAAUGUUAAAUACUGAUAAGUUCCUCUUGGUAACUUUCCUUUUCAACGUGAAAAGAGGAUUGCCCUCUUCUCCAUGAAGAUGGAUAGUUCUUGUUUCCUAGGUCACAGGAGGAAUCCCCCAGGUCUGCCCUAACUGUGCCUUAGACAUUUCUUCAGCCAAGCUGUGAUGAGGCAGACCAUGCACAGAGUAGUACAAAAGGGGGGCCUUCUAAGAGGCUGCUUGUUAUGCCUAGUUACCACUUCGCCUGCAGUAUGAAGAGCCAUUGUAUGUUCUUACUUUUAUCUCAAGUCAAUUAAAGCAAAGUUCAAGAUCAA